AUGGAAGAUGGUAAUAUAACCAAUACGAGAGACGAUAAACUAAGUUCAGCGUCGCUGGUGAACUAUUACGGCGAAAGACCCGCGAAAUUGACUACGAACGGACAUGAUUUUGCGGGCGAGCCGUCCAGUCCCCCGGAGCCGUUUUAUGGUUCGCGGCGCUUAAGCGCCGAUGCUUUGCAAGAAGACAAGUUCCGAAAACGUAUUAAUCCAUUAAGAAUCCAUCUCGGCAAGAGACCAUUCGUUGACAGUUCAGUACCAUACAACAGUGCGUGCAAAAAGAAAAAGCAUAUUGUGAGUAAACCUAGUGAAAGUGCAUCAAGAAAUCCAGUCCCUCGUGUACCGAAGCUUUUGCCGAAACGCAUCGACCGUAAUCCGUUUCACAAUGCCACCGAGAAUUUAUUGGAAAAUGAGCAAGAUAAACCGGUGCCGCGUCUCGUGCCUAAAAGCCAGCUAUCACAUUUCAAAAAGGGUAAGGCUGAGAAAGGACCCCAGUUGAAGGAAUAUGCCCAAAGUUUAGGUCUACAGCCUAUGGCCAAGGAGCCUGCCCUCAGUCCAGAGUCAGCUCCAAAUUCAGACACUGGUUCAGGUGGCCCAUCAAGAGUUACGAGAAAGGUUUAUUUAUGUUCAGCUUGCGGUACAUAUUAUGAAAAUUGGAAUCUCUUCCUUCAUAUGCGAGAAAUGCACAACCGACACAUUUGCUUGUUCUGCCUAGUUCAUCAUGCUGACACUACUGAUGGUGGUAGGUUGUCUAUGCCUAAUGGAGAUGAAAAUAUAGAACAUUCAGAUGAAAGUGACUCACCAAUACCUGAAGAAAUACAUCCACCACCAGCAGCCCCUAAAAGCAUAGAAGAAAAAGUAAACCAAUUACCAGAAAGAGAAAAAGAAGGUGAAGACCACCUAAAAGAUAUGAGAAAGAUUUAUUACAGGAAUCACCAAUAUCGACAAAGUGAUGCUGGUGAGAAAUUACCUAUGGAUGAGCACAGUAUAGCAACACAAGAACAAGAUACUCAUAAAGACCAGUUCCCAGAAAAUGAACCACCAGAAGCAACAGUUACAAUGGAAACUCCCAAAGUAAAAACAGAACCCGAACAAACGCCACCAGAAAAACUUGCUUUACAUUUGAUAGCAGAACACAGGUUUUCCGCAACGGUGGAUAGUAUCACAGCAGAAGAACUUCUGCCACAAACAAUUGCAGCUAAAGUGAAAGCAAGAGUAGAAGAAGUGUGUGCAGUCUACAUUAAUCUAGACUCAUAUGACAGUGUUGAUAAGUCAAAGCAUGCAGAAGAACAUAAAAAGAAAUCAAUAGUUGAAAUUACAAGUGACCAAAAGUCUACAGAUGAUAAAACUGUAGAAGAUAGCAAAAAACCUCCACCAGGUUUGGAUUUAGUUGAUGUAAAACCUAAAGAAGAAGCAGGAUCUUCUGAAAUAAAAAUAGAGGCUGGAACUGAACAGGUGUCAAAAAAGAGCAAAAAGAAAAAAUUGAAAGAUAAAGAUGCAUUAUUGUUAGACGUCAAUUUACCAGCAUUAAACCUGUCUGAAAGUGAUAGUAGCGACGAGUCUGAAAGCGGUAUUCCACCAUCAAUAAAAGAAGAAGGAAUAAUGGAUAAAAUGGAAGAGGAUUCAAAAGAUGACAAAUGUGUAGUGACUGAUAUAAAGGAACCAUCUAGUAUAACUGUCGAACCACUAACGAAACUUGAAGAUGUUGAGCCACCUGAAGAAGAAAAGCCUGAUGAGAAACAGGUAUUAGAAAUAUGGGACAAUUUUAAGAAAUACCAAGCCAAGGUUGAAAAGCAGAAGACGCCACCAUUAGUUCCUAUUAGAAAACAUGUCUGCGAUUCUGAUCACGAUUAUUGUUUGAUACCGGUGGAAAUGAAUGGCGAGGAUGAUGUGUACGGCGCAGAUAAAAAGAAGAACAAGAAAUCACCAAAGAAGAAGACUGGUGACUUAUCAUCAUCUAGCAGCAGUAGCAGCGACAGCGACUCGAGUUGCUCGUGUGGUUCUAACUGCAGCUGUUCCACAUCCAGUGGUUCCUCGUCGUCUAGUUCUUCAGACUCAGAUUCUUCAGAUGAGUCAAGCAAUGAAAAGAAAAAGAAUAAGCAAUUAAAGAAAACACAAAAACUGCCAAAUAGACGUAUAAGCAACGGUUCUAAUGUGGAUGUUAUGGGCAUGUCUGAAACACCUGUCUUAGUUCCUGAAAAAACUGAGCCCCUUAUCGCAGAGAGUGACCUAGAAACCGAAGAAAGUGAGACUGAUGAAGAGUUCUAUGAUGAGAAUCCACAAAAAAUUGCAAACAAAUUGUACGCGGAAAAGCGUAAUCAGCUCAUGCUUUUAGCUUCAGUAGCACCUUCUGACGGUGGUUCCAUGUCUGGGGAAGUGAGUCGUGCUACUACUCCUCUUAAGGAGGAAGUUGAAGAGCCAAAAGAGAAAGUCAAACCGGUUAUUGAACAACCUGAGAAUGAAGCUAAAGAAAAAACGAGUAGCAGUAAAAAACGUAGCAAAAAGAAGAAGAGAUCAAAGAGCUCGAGGAAGCAUGCACCAAUCAAAAUUAACAUUCCCAAGGAGAUAAUUGCUAAGGCGGAAGUGGAGGCUUCGCCGGCUUUAGCGCCGAAUAAAAUCACUAUAUCGCUACAGUCCAACACGGUGCAAAUACCCGAAGCGCCGAACCCAACACUAGCGGUGUCAAGUAACACAACCACGCCAAAGUCAACACCUCAAGAAAAGAAACGCGCAUCGAAGCGAAGACGUGUUCCGAACAAAUUCUAUGGUUAUUCAAGCGACGAAGACUCCCAGACGAAUGUGGCUUUGAAACCACAGCUACCACCUAAGCUAGAGUGGAGGAAGGAGGAUCUACCCUCUCCGGUGACCCACAAAGCUAAGAAAGAAAUUCCCUCUGCUAUUAUACCUCAGAGGGUAUUCAAUUAUACGGAUCCAAUAAGGUUAACUACACCUAUCCCAGAUCCGGAGCCGCCGAAAAUUUUGAUGAAUUCAGAGUCGAUGGAAUCGAGCGACUCGGAUACCAGUGCUGAAGGCGCUUUAGAAAUAUAUCAACCCAAUAGCGUCCAGAACUCCAUACCCGUACCGCCACCCACGUAUCUAAAUUCCGGUACGUCUAGCCUGCCAUACCCGUUCCAAAGGCCAUCAGUGCGCCAAGCACGGGAGGGCGAAAGCGUAUAUUGCUACUGCCGAUGCCCCUAUGAUGAGGUAUCAGAAAUGAUAGCAUGCGAUGCCGAGGGAUGUCCGAUCGAGUGGUUCCACUUUGAGUGUGUAGGUAUCAUGGUACCGCCUAAAGGCAAAUGGUACUGCCCUGAGUGUAGGAAAAAUCAAGGUGUUGCUGGCUACAGA